AUGGCGGAAGAUUCCCAUAACAGCCAUGAGCCGCGAUGGAGAAACUACCUGCGCAUCUCUAAAAACCCAUGGAUUAAGGACCACAUAAUCACCGGAACUGUGCUAUACCCAGGCGCAGGCAUGCUGGUCAUGGCGUUGGAAGGCGCACUGCGUACCGCCGACUUGUCCAAGACCAUUGAGGGUUUCCGCAUGAACGAUGUCAUGUUUAAGCGUGGACUGGUUAUCUCCGUGGAUAAGGAGGCGCCCGUGGAGACGCGCAUUAGCUUCCACCCCCACAGCACGAAGCCCGACUCAUGGAUCUUUACUAUCUAUUCAAUGACCAAGGGCUCGCCGUGGAUGCAAUUGGGCUUGCGCAAGACCCUGCUAUCCGAAGCCGAUUCCACAGAUGUCAACGUGAAUACGUUCUACAAGAAUCUGGACACCAUUGGCAUGCAGUAUGGCCCAUCAUUCCGUAAUGUCCAGUCCCUCACGGCAGUGCCAUCCAAGAAGGCCACGUACGGAUCUGUGACUGUUCCAGACACCAAGUCAACGAUGCCCAAGAAGUACAAGAUCCCCCAUGUCAUUCACCCGGCAACCAUGGACUCUAUCUUCCUAAAGACGGCUUGGAGGCUUCUGGUGCUUAACGAGCAUCUUACGCAGCUCGUUUCUCCCGGCAAGGCGGCCGCGGUGGUCACCAGCUGGCUUCACCUAGUGUUUCUAAAGACGUCAAACACCACCGCCCUCGUUGUCUUGUUCGAUAAGUCCGAACCUAGUAUUAAUAUUUUCCGUCGCCUCAAGAGCCAAAUAUAUGGCCCCAAGAAUAUUAUUUCCCUUGCUGCAUCUGAGUCGGCAUCGCAGUUGAUGCGAGAUACCCUUGGCGAAGGUACUGAGAACACCACCAUCACUUAUAAGUGGCUGCCGGAGAGCCAGCUUCUGGAGACGCUGGCACCAGAAGGUAAUAAUGUUGUUAUCUGCUUGGGCGUUCCUGACAUCGCCAAGCAUGCUGCCACGCUUGCGACGCUGGCUCCUCUAGCGGGCCUCACUUACGCUGGUCAGCCAGGUGAAGUUAAAGUUAUUGUGCCAGAUAGCAAGUGCAUUGGCCGCCUAGCAGAGGAUAAGAUCUACGUCCUGUGCAUACCAAGCACCAGUUCUAUCUCAGCUGAGUUGCCCCACUCUGUGGUGCUUCUCUUACCUGAAUCGUCAUCUACCGCCCUCGGUACAUUUGCUGCCGCAAUUCAGGCCAAGCUUGAAAGCUCCGGUGGCUUAGUCUCACAAACAAACCUCACUCCAAGCGGCGUGGCUUCACUCGCUGGCAAGUCUGUUAUUUCUCUCCUCGAGAUUAACAGCCCAUUGGUGUAUGCCUGGGGCGAAGACCAAUUCAACACAUUUAAGACGCUCGUCUCCACGGUUAGACACCUUUUCUGGAUUAUUCACGGCAGUGUGCUUGAGAGUUGGUCGAACAGCGUGGAAUUCGCUACAACUCAGGGUCUGUUCCGCGUGAUGCGCAACGAAUACCUAAUCGCCAUCUUGCCGUUUAUGGAUCUGUCCGCAGUCGCUGACAUUUCCAAUUUCCAAUACGCAGAUCUAGUACUCGACGUUUGGCGAACGUCUCUGUCCGAGGACGCGGAAAUGGAAUACGCCGAAGGCAACGGCUUGAUUUACAUACCUCGUCCCACUGAAGAUGCUGGCUUCGACUACGAACUGCAGCUAGCCAGCAACACCGCGAAGCCACUCGUGUCGGCACUGGGCGCUGCUAAAAAGCCACUGAAGGCAAGCGAGUCGGCAAACACUCAAGGUUACAUCUGGAUCGCGGAUGAGCAAGCCGAAUUACCACUUGAAGCAGGCCAAGUCGAAAUCAAGGUCGAGUAUGCAGGAGUCGGAACAGGCCAGACAUUGAACUCUGUCCGCCACGCUGUUGGCAUCGUUACUCGUCAAGACGACUCGGUCAAGACAUUGCAGCUUGGUCAACGCGCCAUUGUUUUCUCCGACGAUGCUGCAAAGACUCAUGUCCGCCAAACCCAGAACGUAGUUGCACCGCUGACCGACGGGCUUUUGCCGCAAGAGGCUGUUGCGCUUGUCAAGCCACUGAUUACUGCGCAGUAUGCGCUUAUCGAGAUCGCUCGUCUCAGUUACGGCCAGGCAUUACUGCUUGAUGACGCUACAAGCACCGUCGGACAAGCCCUGGUACAGGUUGCCAAGGCUGUUGGGGCUGACAUCUAG